CUGUGACAGGUGCCUUCCAGGAGUUUGAGCUAUGAGUGGCCCCUGCGGAGAGAGGCCCAUCCAGGAAGCCAGCCCCACCAUGAGUCUGUGGGAACUUGAGGACAACCACAGCUGUCAAGGUACACCUGGGCAGGCCCAGGAGCCUGACUCUGAAGAAGCAUCAGCUUCAGAACUGCAGAUGAAGGUGGACUUCUUCCGGAAGCUGGGCUAUUCAUCCACUGAGAUCCACAGUGUCCUGCAGAAGCUGGGGGUCCAGGCAGACACCAACACAGUUCUAGGCGAGCUGGUGAAACAUGGAUCAACUGCUGAGAGGGAGCACCAGGCCUCACAGGACCCCUGCCCUCAGCUACCUCUGGUCCCCCGGGGUGGGGGCACCCCCAAGGCUCCCACCCUAGAGCCCUCAAUCCCAGAGGAGUUCAAGGAGGGCAGCGACCUGAGGCCAGUCGUCAUCGAUGGGAGCAAUGUGGCCAUGAGCCACGGGAACAAGGAGGUCUUCUCCUGCCAGGGCAUCCUGCUGGCAGUGAACUGGUUUCUGGAGCGGGGCCACACGGACAUCACAGUAUUUGUACCAUCUUGGAGGAAGGAGCAGCCUCGGCCCGAUGUGCCCAUCACAGACCAGCAUAUCCUACGGGAACUGGAGAAGAAGAAGAUACUGGUGUUCACACCAUCGCGACGUGUGGGUGGCAAGCGGGUGGUGUGCUACGAUGACCGCUUCAUUGUGAAGCUGGCCUUUGAGUCCGACGGGGUUGUGGUCUCCAAUGACACAUACCGAGACCUCCAGGGCGAGCGGCAGGAAUGGAAGCGCUUCAUCGAGGAGCGGCUGCUCAUGUACUCCUUUGUCAACGACAAGUUCAUGCCCCCUGAUGACCCCUUGGGCCGCCACGGGCCCAGCCUGGACAACUUCCUGCGUAAGAAGCCCCUCGCUGCUGAGCAUAGGAAGCAGCCAUGUCCCUACGGAAGGAAAUGCACCUAUGGAAUCAAGUGCCGGUUUUUCCACCCAGAGCGGCCGAGCCGCCCCCAGCGCUCCGUGGCUGACGAGCUCCGUGCCAAUGCCCUCCUCUCACCCCCCAGGGCCCCGAGCAAGGACAAAAGUGGCCAGCGGCCUUCACCCUCAUCUCAGCAUGGCUCUCUGCCAACAGAGGGUGAGCAGCGCAGCCUGGACAGGAAAAAGCUGGGGGCCCAGGCAUCCUCAGGGCACCGCCAGGAGGGCCUGUCACAGGCCUUUGCCCCCCCAGGCAGGAGCAUCCCACCUAGAGGGGGCAGUGGUGGCAGCUUCGGACUCACAGACUGGCUCCCACAGACCGUGGACUCGCUCCCAUACACCUCCCAGGAUUUCCUGGAUUCCGGCAUUGGCUCCCUGGAGAGCCAGAUGUCAGAACUGUGGGUUCGAGGAGGAGGCCCUGGUGAGCCGGGCCCACCUCGAGGCCCUUACGCUGGCUACAAUCCCUAUGGAUCUGAGCUCCCAGCCACUCCAGCCUUCUCUGCCUUUGGACGUGCCAUGGGUGCUGGCCACUUCAGUGUCCCUGCUGACUACGCACCACCGCCACCCGCUUUUCCACCUCGAGAGUACUGGUCAGAGCCUUACCCACUGCCCCCACCCACCCCAGUCCUUCAGGAUUCCCAGCUGCCGAGCCCAAGGGCUGGCGGGGGCCCGUGGGGCGGGGCAGGUAGCCUGGCCAAGGAGCAGGCCAGUGUGUACACCAAGCUGUGUGGUGUCUUUCCCCCACACUUGGUGGAGGCCGUGAUGGGGCGCUUCCCGCAGCUCCUGGACCCCCAGCAGCUGGCUGCCGAGAUCCUCUCCUACAAGUCCCAGAACCUCAAUGAGUAAGCCAGCCUGGGGGCCCGCAGGGGCAACACCCCCAGUCUCCAAGGACUUUCAGAGGGAGGAUUAAAGUAGGGAAGAGAACCCACAAACCAAAGAUACUGUAGGAUUGGUUCUGGCCCACACGGCACCCCUAGCCGUCCGCCCGUCUGCCCGAGUGGGUCAGAAGCGAUCACCCUGUUGAUACACAUUGUAUCUCUGUAGUUUAAGGAGACGUUGCCAGUAAUGGCCGUCGGUCCGUGGCUGAGGCCCAAACCCUCUAUUCUCUCAGAGGGCAGGGAGGGAGGCAGGGGGAGCAGAGGCCUGGGCUGGGGGCCCUGUGCAUGCCCCCCAACCUCCACCCCGUCCCUGGGACGCCAGCCUUGGCUGGCUAGUUGGGCACUAUGUGCCUGCCCUCCAAGGGCCCCUCCUCUAAGCCAAUGAAGCCUUCUCCGUGCUCUCUCGCUGGGCACAAGGCUUCAUGUUAGUAAGCAAGAUGCUUCUUAAACCACUUUUCUGCCCCGCUCUGUUCACCUGUCCCAUUGCCGCUGCAGGGGCUGAAGGGCCCUUUGUCCUCACCCUCUCUUCCUCUCCCUUCAAGGAGGAAGGAACUCCAAGUCAUCUCACCCUUCCCCGAGGGUUGGGGGACCCGUGUAUGUUUGUGUACAGGUAUAAAUUUUAAAUAAGUGGAGAAUCCUUAUCUCCUGUAAACUUAAUAUAAGUGUAAUGUGGAUCCUUA